GGUGCACAUGCAACAUUACCUGCAACCUUGAGAGGAUUGUGAAGCAAAGGUAGUUAAAGAGUUUGAGGAAAGCAUCACAAAGCAUGGACUGCAACUGGAGUCUGUACUGCAGAGUUAUUCCAUUUUAUACUUUUAAUUGAAAUUAAUUUAAUGGCAAUUAAACAGCAAUUAAAUACUUGAGAUUAACCAAUGUUUGUUGUGCCCAUUGGGGCUAAAAAUCGAUUUUCUGAAAACUGGUUGCAUCUUUUCCAUCAAGGUUCUGAGGCCUGAGGCCAGCUGCUGUCCAAACAGCUAAAGGUGCUAAUCAUUCACACCUCCCAGCUGACACGACACACUUAUUCUAACUUGGUCUGGAGUGAAAUGACAGGAAGGACCAAGGCCAAAGCAUUCAUUAAAUACAAAGCCAGUUUUUCCUUAUUCUUGCAAGCAGCAUUCAUAUGUGGCAGAUAAUGGACCUAUAAACUUAUUUCAUUCAGACAAGCAUCUACUCAACAUACAGUGAAACAGAGGUAAUUCUUACAAAUGAUGUUUAGACUUUUAUGUAGCAGAUAAUUCCACUGCUUCAAUGACUUGCAGAGUUUGUAAUAAGAAUCUCAGCUUCAGGGCCAAGUAUGUGGCCCUUUCAUGGUAGUGUCAUAUUCAAACACCUGCAGAAGCAUGAUGCUCACACUAGCAGAGCCAGAUCACACCUUGUAUUGGAGCAUGCCAGUUUCCCGUGGGACCCCCUGGCCUAGGUGUCAUCCCUGGUCCCAGAGCUUCUCAGGACCAGAGGAGGCUCUCAGGAGGUGACACUUCACACCCCUCACCACAUAUAUUGAGCAGCAUCCUUCUCUCUUUUCAAUAUCCAGUGCAUCCUCCUGUAGAAACUCAGUGACAGCCCACCACUCGGCCUACAACUGGACCAGUGAUACUUCAGCAGCAACUAUGGAAAUGUCCUACUGUUCUCCUCUCCAGCUACAGGAGAACUCCAUGUUUUUUGAUUAUGAUCUUCUAGAAAGGUCUCCAGCUUGUGAUCUAUCCUCAGAUCCUGGUUAUGUCAGUGCAGGCAGCAGCCUUUCUCCUACCUCCUCUGUGGACUCCUUUUGCUUUUCCCUGGUAUCCCUCCAGGCCCUAAGAAAUGAACAAGAUGCCUUGAACAGUUUCUUAUUGAGCAGCACAGUGGACCCUCAACCAUCCCAACAAAUGGAGAUUCUUAGCUCAAGACAUUCCUCUUCAUCUACUGCCCCCAUGAAGAAGUCCAGAUCCAGGUAUCCAAGUAAAAAACGGCAGACUGCGAGCGAGAGGGAGAAGCUAAGGAUGAGGGACCUGACCAAAGCUUUGCAUCAGCUCAGGACAUACCUUCCUCCCUCUGUGGUGCCAGCUGGACAGGCCCUUACCAAGAUUGAGACGCUACGCCUCACCAUUCAAUACAUCUCUUACCUAUCAGAGCAGCUGGGGCUCAGCCAGGAGGUGCUGGAGCAGACGAGAUCCUCAGGCUUUGUGGAGCAGGUCCAACCCCUCAGCCAGUUCUCGGAUCAACCAACAGCCCUGAACACAGAGCAGAUUUAUUCUUUUCAGCAUUUAUAUCAGGUAUAGUUCCGUUUUCUUUUCAUGUAAAUAAAUACAGCUCUUCAUAACGUCACAGUUAAAAUAUUUUUUGUUUUCAGGGUUUAAGUGAAGGUUACUUCACCAGCGAGAUGUCCUCGAAGCACCAUGAACAAUCAGAACUUUUCCCAUUCACUGGACAGUACUGAAAGAUGCAGAGACCAAUGUACUCAGUGAGAUUUGUUACCUUAUAAUUUAACUAAUAUAUGGACUAAACUUCUCAAGCAUGUUAUUUUGAACAAAUCAUUUUCUGCCUUUUAUGUACUUUUGUACAUAGAAGUGUGUAUUUAUUACGUUUUCACACAGUGAAGAGAAUAAAUAAUAUUUAUCAUAA